AUGGCUUCAACUACUCUUUUCAUUUCUCUUAUUCUUUUUGAAUUCAUGGUAAUAUCAUCACUUGGGUAUGCUAGAUACAUCCAUCACUCUAUUCCUUCAGCAACAAAGGUCAUUUCAUCCAAAAAGGAAGAAGAAAAGCUAACCAGAUCAACCAACUUGCUCCCUGAAGAUGACAUUGACAUCUUCAAGAAUAACUCUUUAGUUGAGAAGGAAUUUAAGUUUCCUGUUCUUCCUGCUAUAUACGCUUCGAUUGAUGACCUUACUCGUCACGUUGGUUACAUAAAGCUUCGACAUACUACAGAUGCAAGGAUGUUCUACUACUUCUUUGAAUCACGGAAUAGUAAAGAAGAUCCAGUUGUGAUAUGGUUGACCGGAGGGCCAGGAGGCAAUAGUGCAAUUUCAAUAUUUAACGGAAAUGGUCCUUUUCGUAUCGAAGAAUACAACUUAAGUAGCCUUCACCUAAAAUGGAAUAUUUAUGGUUGGGAUAUGGUAUCAAACAUUAUAUAUGUUGACCAACCUAUCGGUACAGGUUUGAGUUAUCCUUUUAACGAUAAUGACAUAAGACAAGAUCAAAAUGGUAUCAGCAAUGAUUUGUAUGAUUUUUUACAGGAAUUUUUUAAAAAAUAUCCCGAUUUUGUCAAUAACGAUUUUUUCAUAACUGGACAAUCUUAUGCUGGUCACUAUGCUCCUGCUUUGGCUUCUCGGAUACAGAGAGGAAAUAGAGAAAAUGAGGGAAUUCAUAUAAAUCUUAAGGGAUUUGCUGUUGGUAAUGGACUUAUAGAUUUAAAAAUUCAAUACCCAUCAUUACCAUAUUAUGCUUGGUCUGAGGGAAAAAUUACAUACGACCAAUACAUGCAACUAAAUGAAUUGAAUCAACAAUGUGAAUCAGACACAGAAACAUGUCGACAUGUGGUCUCUGGAGGAGAGAAUAGCUUCAUCGAUAUAUUCUUAGCAUUUAUUGAAGUGAUUGAGAGCACAGGUAAUGAUACUGCUUGUUUGGACGCGUUUGAGUCUUGUGAUUUAAUAUACCAACGAACUCUUGGGAGCGGAAAUUUUGAUUCUAAAGAUAUCAGAAAGGAUCGUGGAGCUAGUAAUAACUACUCAACACUUGCACGUUUAAUGAAUGCACAACCAAUAAAGGAUGCUCUUGGCGUGUCAGAUAUAGAAUUUGUUUUGUUGAGCGGACCUGUAUAUAAUGCACUAAAGGGAGAUUGGGCAAAAAAUCUUGAAGCAGGCAUUCCAACUCUACUUGAGGAUGGAAUCAAAGUCCUUAUUUAUGCGGGAGAUAAAGAUUUUAUAUGCAACUGGCUUGGAAAUUUUCGAUGGCUCAUGAGUAUGGAGUGGAAUGGCCAACAAGAAUUCAUACACUCUAAAAAAAUUAAAUUUGAAGUUGAUAGAAGUGAUUCGGGAUUGAUGACUAGCCAUGGACCUCUCACUUUCAUCAAGGUUUAUGAUUCUGGAAUCAAUGUUCCAGGGGAUCAACCAAAAGUUGCUCUGCACAUGAUAAAGCAUUGGAUGAAAGGAGAACUCUAA